AUGGGCUGCCAAGACCGCACAACCUCCCCCGACUUCAUUCCGACUUCCCUCCGCAUCCCCGUAUUCUUUGCUAUGGAUUCCAAUCCACAUUCAAAUAAUCUUCCAAAGCAGGCAUGCGACGGCUGUCGUCGGCGAAAGGUUAAAUGCAUAUCUCCGCGCCCUUGCAAGCAAUGCCGAGCAGCCGGUCUCGUCUGUCGAACAUCUAUACAGCGGCAAAGAAAGGGACGUCAGGGCCAAACGGCGAACAUCCUAAGUGAGCUCAGAUCAAAAGAAAUCGAGCGGACUCUCCCGUCUGGUUCAAGUGCCUCUCCGUCCACGCCUCUGGUUCCACAGUCGCCCAAACCGCAGGGCAGAUCCUAUUUCUCGAGAACCCCAGACCUUCUGGGACUCGAACUUAUCAAUGCUUGUUCGGAUUAUUUUUUCUCGCGCAUGAGAGGUACAGUCCCUAUUUUGCAGCCAAAUGGCUUUCAGAAGCAGGUGGAUACGGUUGAUGCCUCUCUUCAUGCCUAUUGUUUUGUCACUGCUUUCUGUGCCUUCGUGGUUACUCAAACGGGAUUUGGCGUGGAACAAUCAUCUCGCCCUAAUGGCGCACUGUUCUCCGAAGAUGACCGAAGCCGGUUGGUUGAUGAGGCUACUGAAGCUCGAAAGCACCUCGACCCUUUCACAGAUCCUGUGCGACAGAACAUUAUCAUCGCUUUCCUUCUCUAUGGAUGUCAUAUUGGUUUGGGAAAUCAACGACAUGCAUAUUACUUUCUUCGUGAAGCUACAACGCUCUAUACUGCGAGUGCACUAGAAAGUCAAGCCACAUCUGCGCAGGCCGAUGACGCCGAUCCCUCUUUGGCAGGCAACUUAUUCUGGCUAUUACUAGUAUCAGAGAGGGCUCACGCUAUCAGACGACACAGACCAAUUACCCUCCAGGUCACAUCCCAGAGCCCGCAGCUAGAAGAUAAUCCCAAUCCAGAGCCAUCGGCCAUUGGAUUUCGCUGUUUGGCUAAUCUUUAUCUUCCGUUUGACGAAGUAUUUUUGAGUCACUGGAAUGGCAACCACACCACCUGCUCGGUUGAAUCCCUUGUUGUCCUUGAGGAACGUAUCCAAAUCGCAGUCCCUCCAGAGCUUGACUUGCCAGAUGUCAUCAUGGCUGAUCUGAGAGUGUCUCAGCAGUGGCUACGCAUUAUGAUAUGGCAACUAUCUACCACUGCUGGAUUCUUAUCCACCAAUCCUUCUCACGAAUGCAUGGAUUUCCGCUACCCUCUGCUAAUUGCCCAGGACCUUUGUCUCGCAACAUGGAAAUUGUCUCGGCAGAGUAUGGAAACUCACGGGAUUGGCUUGAUUGAGAAAAUAUUUGAGGUUGCGUGUACGUUAGUCGACGUGAUGGCAUGCCUGUCAGCGGCUGGGCUACGUUCUUCGGGAUUCAAACUUGGUCCACAAGACUAUCUCAAGCAUUUCUCUUCUUUAAUUCACGAUUUACCAGGAGGACGGCGAAGAUUCCUCCCUCUUCUUUUCACCAAAAUCGGUCAAACGUUGCCUUCUAUGAUAGACUCGAUUACCAUCCAUUUGAAUCUCCCUCCUAACCCAAUCUUGAGCUCAACAACUAACGCCCAAUCUACAUCAAUGCUAGCUGAAAAGGAAGCCCCCAGUGAAUCCUCAACUGUGCUUGUCGCCAAUCCUGCCUCUGAUGAUUGGGCGGAUGAAAAUUUCAACUAUGCGGAGAUGAGUCGUAUUGGUGAUAAGACGCCAGAGAUUCAUGAAGCAUUCCUUCAAUAUUCGACGUAUUUUCCUUGA